ACAUUCAGUUUUUCAUUGAUGUUUUUUUGUUUUGGUCUAGGAUCCAAUGAACCUGAUGCGUUAUUCUAUUUGCUAUAUUGAUAUUUUUGUGCGUUUUCGAUUUGUGCUUGACUUCCGAUCUGAUUAGGUUUGCCCCUAAUUGUUCAUGAAUGCUUGGCUUGAAAUCCAUUAAUUGGUUAUGGAUGUGGAAGGCGGAGUUAGGAUUUCAACUUUAUGCGUUCUGAAUUUUAUAACGACGAUGACUUCAAGUGAUGAUAAUUGUGUUUACAAUUUAUUAUAUAUACAUAUGUUUAAUGAAUUUUUUAAGCACAAAUAAAUUGUUUGAGCUAAAGCUAAUGGGUUCAGCCGAACUCCUAUCUGGGUUCGACCUCUGCUCCUACUUGGAGAUGGUGGGAUUACUAUUUUGUUAACGAGUGAGAUGAAUCCCUAGCCACCAACUGUACACGGUGGUUCUCAAAAUCGGUCUGGAUGGUAAGGAGAUAGGGUAGGCCAUUGCACGCUCUGUAUGUGUACACUGGUGCAGGUUUCCUCCGUUUGUUCUACUGCGUAAUCCUACUUGUACCAAAGAUAGGAAAGAGAAGAAUGAAGAGGCUCCUUCGAGGAGUCAGAGUGGGAGCCUGCAACUCUAACCUUAACCCAUGUUUUAUGAAAGAUGACUGGGGUCAAGGAAUAAACGAAAGGCAGGGAAGAUGUAAAUGAAAAGGCUCACGGUGAAAUCUAAUCAUCCGAGGAAGGCUGAGAGCAUUAAACGUAAGGGGUCAAAGAGGACAAGGAUUAAUGACCUUUAUGAUGAUGUUGAAGCUAAAUAUUCUGUUAUGGAGCGAGCAGAAAAGGUUUUAUCACGCCUACCAGAUGAAUUUCCCAGCUUUGCAAAGUGUAUGCUCCCUUCGAAUGUUGCUCAUGGAUUUUGGCUGCAUCUUCCAAAGUCAUUCUGCAACAUGCAUUUACCUAGUUCUGAUACCACAGUCAUUUUGGUUGAUGAAUGGGGCAAUGAGUACAAGACAAGCUAUCUUCUAGAACGGAAUGGUUUAAGUGCUGGUUGGAGAGGAUUUUCCAUCUCUCACAGACUACUUAAAGGAGAUCUUUUGAUUUUUCGCUUGAUUGAACCUUGCAAAAUGAAGGUCUAUAUAGUCAGAGUAAAUGGUCAAGAAGUGGUAGAUGCAGCUCUUUGCCUCAUGAAUUGGGAAACUCUGAACACAUCAACAGAACUUGAUCUUGUACGGAAAGAUAAUAGGAAGCGAAAGAAAGCAAAGCAUUUGGCAGAGCCUUUUUUCGUUGAUUUAUCUAAACCAAAAGAGCAUGUUCAGAAUGACAGCCAUUGUGCUGUUGAUUUAAAUGUUUCACCUUCAGAGCAUCGAUCUGAAAAUAACAGUGAAGAUUUGGAUUCGGAGGUUCUAGAAGGUUCGGAUGUGACCAAUCGCUUGCAAUCUAAUGAAAUAUGCUGCUCCGAAACAUCAUUUUUACAUGAUAAUCCUCACAAGAGCAUAGCUUGUAGGUAGAGAUGGCGGAGGACUCUGACCAUUCGUUUGAACUAACAAGUUCUAUCAUGAGAAGCUGUGAAGAAUUACCAUAAAGAACAACUUAUAGUUACCUCAGAAGUAAAAAGAACCAAAAGUUUUUGAUGAAUAUAUAUAUAUGACAAAGGGCUGGAAUGAAGCCGAAGUGAAGAUCUUUUUUGGAUGUAUAAUGCUUUUGUGCUUCUAAAAAUUAUACUACUUAAUACCUUGUCCUAUAGGUUUGAAAGAUGUAAUUUUGAGAUGAUAGCGUAUGAUAUGUACACUUUUCAUAUUUGUACAUAGACGCACACAGGAAAUGUAGUUUGCAUAUCUGCACAACUGUACUAAUCAAUGAGUUUCUUUUAUUCA